AUGCUUAACAAACAUAACAAAGAGAAGAAAGCUCCUAACAUGAGCCAUGCUGAGGAGAUCGAGAAGUUAUGGUAUGUGCCUCCCAAAAGGACAGAGUUCAAGUGCGCACCGCCCAUUAGGAACAACACUAACAAGGCAACGUUGUGGGAGUACAUUAGACAAGGAAGACUGGAUUUAGUGACGUCCGACCACUCACCAAGUGUUGCUGAACUUAAAGAAACAGACUUCUUGAAAGCCUGGGGUGGAAUAGCUUCUUUGCAAUUUGACCUCUCAUUGUUCUGGACGGAGGCAUCCGCGCGGGGCCUCGGGCUGUCAGCGGCCUCCCGCUACCUGUCGGCGGGCCCCGCGCGCCUCGCCGGCCUCGACCACCGCAAGGGAGCCCUGCAGCGCGGCCUCGACGCAGACCUCGUCUUCUUCGACCCGAAUGCCGCCUUCAUCGUCACGCCUGAGAUCAUCCGCUAUAAAAAUAAGAUCAGCCCAUAUAUGAACAGAGUCUUGCGAGGAAAAGUGAUGCAAACUUAUGUAAGGGGUCAACUCGUGUACGCCGGCGACCAACUUGUGGGGGUACCGAAAGGGAAAUUAUUGCUAAAUGAUUUGUAAACCCUUGACACAAAUUAAUUGCGUUAAAAAUAUUGUUAACUUAAAUUAUGAUUAUGACAGCAAAUUUAUAUUUCCUCCAUAUGGGUCGUUAAAAGAGGCAUCAAGCGACAUCUUAGGGCCACUUGCACCAACGAUAAUGGAGGGUUAACCCACCAUUUUAUAUGGAAUUUGACAGUUGACAGCUCACUAACCCUGAGUUAAGUGGUUGAUGCAAGUGGGCCUUACUGUUUUAACUGUCUAGUUGUCUACACAUCGUAAACGGCUACGACGAGUUCUACAGACCUCAUUCUGAAAUUCACCAAUAACGAUGGGCCCGCCUCUACGAGAUUAAUGGACAAAGAAGAAAACUCUGCAAGCGAUGUAAUAUAAUAAAUAUGUUCAUGUAAAUAAAGAAUAAGUACCUAUUUGUAUACAUAACGAUAGUAACAUGGAAUAAAUUUGAACAAGUUUAAUACAUUUCAUAAUCUUUUCU